AUGCCCCCUGCUUUGGAGAAUGUUAAGGCGAUAACCACACGAGGAGGUAAAACUACUCAAGACCCGCCCUAUCCUAACCAUGUUAACAGGAAGAAAGCAAGCCCGGUGGCAGAAGAACCACCUCGGGAGGAGGAACCCGAGGAAGUUCAUGAAGGGAAGACGGCUCCGCAUGAAUUUUAUGAUACCCAAGUAUUGCCGUUCCCUAUGAGGGCAAGAAAGCCAAGUACAGAUGAGCAAUUCAGCCGCUUUGUUAAGAUAAUACAGCAAGUGAACAUCAAUGUGCCCUUGAUGGAUGCUAUGAAGGUUUCGACCUAUGCUCACUACAUCAAGGACAUAAUAAACAACAAGCGACCACUGCCAACUACCGAAGUAAUCAAGCUCACUAAGGCAUGCAGUGCAGCUAUACUUCAACAAUUGCCCGAGAAGAAAAAGGAUCCAGGAUUCCCAACUAGCAGAUGUUCGAUAGGGGCACAGAACUUCAACAAAGCCUUAUGUGAUUUGGGAGCCAGUGUUAGUGUGAUGCCGAAGACGGUUUUCGACCAACUCAACUACACAGAGUUGACACCAACACCCAUGCAGUUGCAAUUGGCUGACUCCUCAGUACGGCACCCAGAAGGAAUCGCUGAGGAUGUCCCAGUAAGAGUUCGGGACUGUUUCGUCCCAGUCGAUUUUGUGGUGCUUGAUAUGGAUAAUCAGAAGGAGACUACUCUCAUUGUAGGACGGCCGUUCCUCAAUACAGCAAAUGCACAUAUUGAUGGGAGGGGGCGGCGCUGCCAUUUCCCGGUGAGGGAGCUCGCCGGUGGCGAGGGCAAGGUUGGGGGAAAAGGAGAGGAGGUCGAGGCGAACCUGUGGGUGGCAUUGGGGUGCGAGAAUAUGACCGGAGGCGGCCUGUCCGCGGUGGCCGAGCUCGCCGGCGGCGGGUAUUGGCAGACGGCGCCGCUCCGGCGGCCCUGGGUGGUGGUGGCCGAGCCAGUGAGCACCAGUGGAAGGCGGGGAACCGAUUCAGAGGGUCGAUUUGGGUAG